AUGGCGGCGUCCCCGUCCGCCUCCAUCCUCCGGGGCCCCCCGUCCGGCCCGUCGCCUCCCUCGCUCACCGGGCAGCGCGGCUGGAUGGCGAGGCCCGGCCCGGCCUCUCCUUCGGCCCCGGCUGCUCGCUGCCUCCGCCUCCUGCGGCCGCUCCCGGGCCGGCAUCGAGCGAGCCCAGCCCGCCAGCAGGAGGAGCAGGAGGGCGGCGGCGGAGGCGGAGAACGGGGCGGGCGCUGA